CCUAAAAUCCUUGAUACCUUGAUUUAAUAAAGGCGUCCCUUGAUUAAAGGUCCUGAGUAGAAUUUAGAGCAGGAAUGCAAUCAAAGAUACCUCUCAUUGUUAUACCUCUGAAGGAUAAUAGUUGCAGUAGUAUAGUUGAAUUCUUUGUCUUCGAGAAUACUGCAGAAACGUGCAAAAAUGCAUUUUUACGAUGCUCGGCAAUUGCGAAUGAAAUAUGCCCUACGUUCUUCAAUUAUACUGUUACUAAAACUAAUCGUAUUAGAAAAGCUAAGGGUUUAUUAACCAAUUUAUCUAAUGUGUUUAAUCUAACCAUAUCAAAUUCAUUUAUCAAAUCUGUUCUACAUUAUCUAGUUUUUUGACAUGAAAAAAGAAGAUAAGGAGAAAUGUAGUCCAGAAGGUAAGAAGAAAUGUAGUCCAGAAGGUAAGGAGAAAUGUAGUCCAGAAGGUAAGGAGAAAUGUAGUCGAGAAGGUAAGGAGAAAUGUAGUCCAGAAGGUAAGGAAAAAUGUAGUCCAGAAGAUAAGGAGAAAUGUACUCCAGAAGAUGAGGAGAAAUAUAAUUCAAGAGAGAAGGAGAAAUAUAAUUCAAGAGUGCAGGAGAAAUAUAAACCAAGAAAGAAGGAGAAAUAUAAUUCAAGAGAGCAGGAGAAAUAUAAUUCAAGAGUGCAGGAGAAAUAUAAACCAAGAGAGAAGGAGAAAUAUAAUCCAGAAGAGCAGGAGAAAUAUAAUCCAAGAGAGAAGGAGGAAUAUAAUCCAGAAGAGCAGGAGAAAUAUAAUCCAAGAGAGCAGGAGAAAUAUAAUCCAAGAGAGAAGGAGUAAUAUAAUUCAAGAGAGAAGAAGAAAUAUAAUCCAAGAGAGAAGGAGAAAUAUAAUCCAAGAGAGAAGGAGAAAUAUAAUCCAAGAGAGAAGGUUGAAUGUAAUCCAAGAGAGAAGGAGGAAUAUAAUCCAAGAGAGAAGGAGAAAUGUAAUCCAAGGGAGAAGGAGAAAUAUAAUCCAAGAGAGAAGGAGAAAUAUAAUCCGAGAGAGAAGGUUGAAUAUAAUUCAAGAGAGAAGGAGAAAUGAAAUCCAAGAGAGAAGGAGAAAUAUAAUCCAAGAGGGAAGGUUGAAUAUAAUCCAAGAGAUAAGGAGGAAUAUAAUCCAAGAGAGAAGGAGGAAUAUAAUCCAAGAGAGAAGGAGAAAUAUAAUCCAAGAGAGAAGGAGAAAUGUAAUCCAAGGGAGCAAGCGAAAUGUAGUUUGAGAGAAAGCUUUGGAAAAAGAUUAACAAGUGCAUUCCAGGGAUGUUUCAACUAAAAACUAAAUUAACUUUUAAGAAAAAAAAAACUAUAAGUUUGCAAGGAUGGAUGUAAGGAAAACAGGUUGUGGAAGGUUAAAAACUGAGCAAAGAAUUUAAAUUUCUUUAAGAAUGGAAAAUGUGCAACGACAGAAGUUUGGAAGUUUGGAAAGGUUUAAAGGUUGGCAAAAUUGAAAGAUUUUGGAGAUUUUGAAAUUAAAAGUUUUACACUUUUUAAAAUAUUUUUUCCAAAAGUUAGGCAAUGGGAAAGAUUGGAAAGGAUGAAUGAUUUACAAUUAUAGAAAAUGGUUUGGAAAUUGGGUCAGGUUUCCAAAUUUGAUGUUUUACAAAAGUUGGAAGGUUGGACAGAGGAGAAGUUUUAAGAAAUUAAGAUCUUCAAAAUGGAAAGCUGUGACAAGAAGCGGGCUGGACAACGGAGAUGGUUGACAUAGGCGAAGAUUGGGCAAAGGAGAAGGUUUGGCAAAGAAAAAGGUUUGGAAAAGAAGAAUUCUGGGCAAAUGAGAAGGUAUGGCAAAGGAUAGAAUUUGAAUAAGGAGCAGGAUUGAUAAAGGAGAAGGUUUGACAACGGAAAAGUUUUGAUAAAGGAGAAGGUUUGACUAAGGAGAAGGUUUGACAAAAGAGAAGAUUUGACAAAGGAGAAGGAUUGACAAAAGAGAAGGUUUGAAAAAGCAAAGGAUUGACAAAAGAGAAGGCUCAAAUAAGAAAAGUUUUAAAAUAGAAAGUUUGGCAUUUUAACAUGGUUUUCUGAAAUAGAAGGUUUCGGAAAGAUAGGUUUGACACGGAGAAGGUUUGACAAAGAAAAGGUUUGCAAAGUGAGAAGGUUUGCAAGGUUGAAAGGUUUGCAAAGUGAGAAGGUUUGCAAGGUUGAAAGGUUUGCAAGGUUGGAAGGUUUGCAUCGGUGCAAGAUUGACAGUUUUGCAAAGGUUUGCAAGGUUGGCUGGUUGCAGGGUUAGGUUGGGUUUGAGUUGAAAUCUCCAGGUUGCAGUAAGUGCACCUAGUCUUGUCUGUAUAUACCAGACUAUGCAUAGAAAACAUGCACUUGUGUCUGUCUACCGUCGGGUAGAUAUCGACAGGGUAGUUUAGACACUAGGCAGGGUGGUGUAGACACUAGACAGGGUAGUUUAGACACUAGACAGGGUGGUUUAGACACUAGACAGGGUGGUGUAGACAAUACUAAAACUUAAAGUAUUCCCCCUUUUUA